AUGGGGAGAAACAUCAGGACAAGGCUUGAUAUACUGAAGCCUAACUUACGGAAGCGAGUGGAAGACAAACAACAAGAUCAAGAGUUACGGUCAAUUCACAGCCCUGCCAGAAAGCUAGAGUUAGGCCAAGCUGUGGUUGCCCGAAACUACAGAGCUGGAAACAAGUGGGUUCCGGGGAUCAUCACAGCUCACUCGGGACCCUUGUCAUAUGAAGUCAAGGUCGCACCCAAUACAGUAUGGCGACGGCAUGUUGAUCAACUCAGAGAGUCUGCAGUGACUCCAAAAUUUAAUAAGGAACAGCACACACUGCGAUUAAACCCAGCGGUGUUGGCAGCAACACCACAAUCAGCAAGUAGCGUGGAGAAUGAAGAAUUACAGGCUCCCACUACGAGUGGCAUGGAGGAACCAUGGACCAAAGAUACACAUGUGGACAACACCCCUGACAACCCUCCCAGCAGCCAAAGCGAGACCAUGGUUAGCAGUCCGGCAACACCACCAUGCAGACGUUAUCCCCUUCGGCUACGGAAGCCACCAGAGAGACCGAACCUGUAA